CUCUCGCUUUAAAAAUUAAUUUUAAGUAGUACCUCUAAUGUUGCGCCGGUACCCUCACUAAUUUUAGGCUUUUUGCCCAAGAUCAAUGUAGAAAAUGGAGCCGAGGAUGAUGAACCAUCCAUCAUACAGUGUCAGUGCAGAAGCAAAAACACAGACAUCAGCACCAAUAGAAGCAGACACAUGCACAUCACUCAUCAAGCAAUGCGGCAGGUCCCUCCAUUCCCUCAAAACUUUCCAUGCCUCCAUGCUCAAAUCCCACCUCCACCGCAACCUCCACUUCCUCACUAACCUCAUUGCCCAAUACGCCUCUUUGGGCUCCGUUUCUUACGCCUACUCCCUCUUCUCUUCUACCCCAUCCGCCGAUCUCUUCCUCUGGAAUGUCAUGAUUCGUGGCCUUGUAGAUAAUUCACAUUACGAUCAUGCCAUUCUUCUGUACAAACAAAUGGUGAGAUUAGGCAUUCAGCCCGACAAUUUUACCUUCCCUUUUAUUAUCAAGGCCUGCAGCUGUCUCCGCCACUUUGAUUUUGGUAUUCGGGUUCAUCAAGAUGUUGUUAAAUUUGGAUACCAGUCUCAAGUUUUUAUUUCCAAUUCUCUCAUUACCAUGUAUGGUAAAUGUGACAAGUAUGAGCUUUCUCGCCAAGUGUUUGAUGAAAUGCCUGAGAAAAAUGCUGUUUCGUGGAGUGCUAUAAUCGGUGCUUGCUUGCAGGAUGACCGUUGUAAAGAAGGUUUUUCAUUGUUUCGGCAGAUGCUAAGUGAGGGAUCUAGACCCAGCAGGGGUGCUAUUUUGAAUGCGAUGGCCUGUGUUCGUAGUCAUGAGGAAGCUGAUGAUGUUUAUAGAGUAGUUGGAGAAAAUGGACUUGAUUUUGAUCAGUCUGUCCAGAGUGCAGCAGCCGGAAUGUUCGCUCGAUGUGGGAGAGUGGAAGUUGCAAGAAAGUUGUUUGAUGGCAUUAUGAGUAAGGAUUUGGUGACAUGGGCAACAAUGAUCGAGGCUUAUGUCAAGGCUGAUUUGCCUCUUGAAGCUUUAGGCCUUUUAAAACAAAUGAUGUUGCAAGGGAUAUUCCCUGAUGCUAUCACCCUUCUUGGUGUGAUCCGAGCUUGUUCUACUCUAGCAUCUUUCCAGCUCGCUCAUAUAGUUCAUGGGAUCAUAACUACUGGGUUCUUCUACAAUCAAUUACUAGCAGUAGAAACUGCCCUGAUUGAUCUUUAUGUGAAAUGUGGAAGCUUAACAUAUGCUAGAAAAGUUUUUGAUGGGAUGCGGGAGAGAAAUAUCAUCACAUGGAGUGCCAUGAUUUCAGGCUAUGGGAUGCUUGGCUGGGGAAGAGAAGCUCCCAACCUCUUUGAUCAAAUGAAGGCUUCUGUAAAGCCAGAUCAUAUAACAUUUGUAUCAAUAUUGUCAGCAUGUAGUCAUUCAGGUUUAGUUGCUGAAGGAUGGGAGUGCUUCAAUUCCAUGGCUAGAGAUUUUGGAGUCACACCAAGACCCGAACACUAUGCAUGUAUGGUUGAUAUUCUAGGCCGUGCUGGAAAGCUAGAUGAAGCUUGCGAUUUUAUUGAGAGAAUGCCAGUAAGGCCUAAUGCAGCUGUCUGGGGGGCACUUCUUGGGGCAUGUAGAAUACAUUUAAAUGUAGACCUUGCUGAAACGGUAGCAAGAGCAUUAUUUGAUUUGGAUCCUUAUAACGCUGGGAGAUAUGUCAUUUUGUACAACAUUUACACAUUGACUGGCAAAAGAAAAGAAGCUGAUUCAAUUAGAACACUUAUGAAGAACAGAGGGGUGAAAAAAAUUGCUGGGUACUCAGUUAUAGAGAUAAAAAACAAGUUCUAUGCAUUCGUAGCUGGGGAUAGGUCACACCCACAAACAGAUCUAAUUUAUUCAGAGUUGGAAAGAUUGAUGGACAGGAUUCGUCAAAAAGGGUACACACCAGAUACAAACUUUGUAUUGCAUGAUGUCGAUGAAGAGACAAAGGAGAGCAUGCUUUACUUGCAUAGUGAGAAGUUGGCCAUUGUGUUUGGCCUCUUAAAUUUGGGCCCCGAGAGUGUAAUCAGGAUUAGGAAAAAUCUUAGGGUAUGUGGGGAUUGCCAUACUGCUACCAAGUUCAUCUCUAAGGUAACUGGAAGGGAGAUUGUUGUGAGAGAUGCUCAUAGAUUCCACCAUUUCAAGAAUGGAGCAUGCUCUUGCAGGGAUUAUUGGUGAAAUGUGUUUGAAUGAUACGAGUGCCGGUAGAUGAUGAAUAUAUGACUGGUUGCUAGUCACUAUUUCCAUCAAAUUCAAAGGGCUUUUGAGCUUAAGAUCUGGUCAGUGUGGGGUGGCCAGCUCAAAGGAAUUUGUUAAUGGCAUCCAAUCUCCUAAGCUGCAAAAUAGCAUGUGAAGUCCACCUUAAAUUUUGUUUUGUGUCUUACCAUACAGGCCACUAGUGCCAUUACUCGGUAGCUUUUAGUUUAUGAUACAAUACAGGUGACAAUUCUCACUUCACUUUACAAGAUCAGUUUGUCAGCUCUGUAAAUUUGUAUAUCUAGAACAGGGAACUAGGGAGUUAACCAAAAUCACGGACUGACUUUCACUGCACUGAACAUUCCACGUUAGACAUUAAUUUGGAAUAUUCUCCUUGUGGAUUUGUCCCUGAAAUUAAUUGGAUAAUUUAAUUAAUUUACUAUGUACU